CAACCUUUCGAUUAUAUCCCUCUACUUUCUCUCUCUAAAGAAAUGGCGGGUUCGCCGGCUGAGGUUGACGACGGAGGAAGCGGCGACGGCGAGAUGACGCCGUUACAGAAGCACGUUGCGUUCUUCGACCGGAAUAAGGACGGCGUGAUUUACCCAUGGGAGACCUUUCAAGGGUUUCGGGCGAUUGGGGCUGGUCUGGGGCUUUCCCUCGUCGGCCCGGUUUUCAUCAAUGGCUUUCUCGGCCCGAAGACUCGUUCGGGAAAAAUCCCUUCUCCUCUCUUUCCAAUCUAUGUGAAGAACAUUAGCAGAGGCAAGCAUGGGAGUGAUACUGGUGCCUAUGAUGCACAAGGAAGGUUUGUACCAGCAAAGUUUGAGGAGAUAUUUCAGAAGCAUGCUCAUACCAACCCUAAUGCUUUGACUUCUGCUGAAUUGUUGGAGAUGAUUCGGGCUAAUCGAGAUCCUAAGGAUUACAAAGGAUGGGUUGGUGCCUGGGUUGAGUGGAAGGUCUUGUAUUCACUCUGUAAAGAUGAUAAUGGUUUGCUUCCUAAGGAAACAAUAAGAGCUCUUUAUGAUGGAAGCUUGUUCUUCAAGAUGGAGGAGGAGAUGGCAUCUUCAAAGAAGAAGGCAUGAUUAUGUAAUGUGAAAAAUUAAAAUAAAAAUAAAAACUUUUUAAAUAUCUAUUUGGGGAAAAAUAUUAAAUCAUGAUAUAUUGGCUGUAGAAAAAAUUGUGUCAAGAUAUCAGGGAUGGGUUUAAAUAUCAUUGGAUUAGCUUUAAGAUUUGUGUAAUAGAAAUUAUUCAUAUAUAAUCUUAGUCUUAAAGUUUAUCAAAUGAUAUUUAAGUCCUUA